CAACACCAGUCUUUGCUACAGAACACGGGUUGUUUUUUGUUUUCGUUUUAGCUUCACGCUGCAGAUGAAAGGUGCAAUUCUGUUAUGCGUUUAACGAAACUCAUUGUGUAUUUUUGAUCUCGGAAACCAUAAAGUACGACGAGAAUUCAGCUUACUGAAAAAAGUGUUGAGCUAUUAUAUCUGAGUUCGAUAAGCCAGGUCUGAACGAGUUGCUGGACGCGCAGUGGUGUGUUGACAGUCAUGGAGGUGCAGACGAGCGGGUUAGUUCAAAUUUCCUUCAGACAACUUUAGCAAUUUUACUCAACACACACAAUGGCGUCUGUUAUGCCUACUUUCCUGUCAAGAUGACUUUUUUGAAACACCGCCAAUGCGCGCAGAUUUUUCUACACUAAUUGAGCAUUGUAAUUGAAGGAGGAUCCUACGUUGGAGAGGCACUUUAAGGGACACAAAGAUGCUGUCACUUGUGCAGACUUCAAUCCCAACCGCAAACAACUGGCCUCAGGGUCAUUAGAUAAAAACUUGAUGAUAUGGAAUUUUGCUCCCAAGGCGAGGGCCUUUCAAUUUGUUGGGCACCAGGAUGUCAUCACUGGGGUGCAAUUCUCUCCAUCUGGCAAUCUGGUGGCUUCUUCCUCCAAGGACAGAACAGUCAGACUGUGGACACCUUCAAUGAAAGGCGAGUCAACAGUGUUCAAAGCCCACACAGCUGCUGUACGCAGUGUUGCCUUCUCCCAUGAUGGCCAGAGACUGGUGACAGCAUCAGAUGACAAGUCUGUUAAAGUGUGGAGUGUUCACCGGCAGUGCUUCAUCUACUCCCUCAAUCAGCACACUAAUUGGGUGCGCUGUGCUAGAUUUUCUCCAGAUGGCAGAAUCAUAGCUUCCUGUGGGGAUGACCGGACUGUCCGGCUUUGGGACACAUCUACCAAACACUGCAUCAACUGUUUGACUGACUGUGGAGGAUCAGCAACAUUUGUUGAUUUCAACUCCAGUGGUACCUGUAUUGCGUCAUCAGGAGCUGACAGUACAUUGAAAAUCUGGGAUCUACGAACCAACAAGCUUAUUCAGCAUUAUCGUGUUCAUAGUGCAGGAAUCAAUAGUUUUUCCUUCCACCCAUCCAACAACUAUGUGAUAAGUGGUUCGAAUGAUGGCACUAUUAAGAUACUGGACCUGUUGGAAGGCCGUCUGAUCUACACUCUUCAUGGGCACAAGGGUGCUGUGAUCACUGUGGCCUUUUCCAGGGCUGGAGAUCUCUUUGUCUCUGGAGGAGCUGACAGUCAGGUGCUGCUGUGGAAGACUAACUUUGACAGCAGGUCAUAUCAGGAUGUCUUACUUCAACACAGCCGGAGGUCGACACCAGAUCCCCCACCCCACCUGUCCGACAUUCAUCCCAGGGGACCCCACCUUCAUCACCCACAGCCUACAGCCAUUCAGGUCAGUCCAGCGGUUAAAGACACCCGAUCAGCUGAGCCACAUGUCAUACAGCUGGGACAGUCUGUCCAUGGCAACACGCUCUUAAACAGUUGGCCCCGCUUGACACCCAUGCAGUCUGCUGCUGCUAACAGUCACCACUAUAACGGUUUGCCAGCGUGUCAUGUUGCCAAUUCAAGACUGGACGGAUGGAUCGAGGGUGGGAGUGCAAGUAGGGCAGAAUCGACUGCUGAGAAUGAAACGAGGGCUGACAGAAAAGAAGGAAAAGGAAGACGAGAGGAAGAAGCAGAGAUGGUGCAGACACACCCACUGGAAGUUCUCUCUGGUCAUCCAUCAAGUGUGAGCUCUACCCUGCGGCACAUUGUUCAACAGCUGGAUAUUCUCACACAGACUGUUUCAGUGCUGGAAGAGCGUCUCACCCUGACUGAGGACAAGUUGAAGGAGUGUCUAAGCCAUCAGUCUCAGAUUCUGAAAGACCUGCGAGCAUCUAGAACGAGGCGGAGGACAGAGAGCGAAGGGACAGAUGAAUCUCCUGUUCAUUCCACUUGAGGACAACUUUGCCUCAGACGGCAACACAAAGACAUGAAGUGUGUUGUUCUGCUAAGCCCCCAGACUGCCAGAUGUGUAUGUGUGUGUCAAUUUAAAUGCCCUCCAUGGUGGUCUUUCUCAUAGGUCGAUGGGUCAGUCAGGAUUGGUCAGUGGUUGCAGUGAAUUUGUGUGUCUGCGUGCUUGUGCGUGUGUAGUACCAACAUAGUUUUUCCAUGCCUUUCGGUACUUCUUAAAGACAUCCAGCUGCACAGCUAAGCGUUCCAUUUAUGUAUGUACGUGUGUGUGUUUGUUUAUGUGGAUUGCACAUUCAAAGAGCUGCAGCUAUAUUUAAAAAAACAAAGAGUCCUUGUCUGCUAUAUGACCUCUGCCUGUGUGUGUUUACUUGUUCAUUUGCAGGUGUUUUUAGCAGUUCACUGCUUCAAGAAUAACAUCUCUUUUGAUUGUAAAUGCUAUGCUUUGCCAUUUUAAAUCCCAAGCUGUGUGCAUUUUUCCUAAAAUACAUGUAAUAUAAAUGUAAUUUUUAUGAAUAAAUAGCUAAUUGGUUAUUACUUACUGUAUCCAGACAAAAGGAGACAGCCUUGUACUGAGAGAACCUCAAAAUGGUCAAAAAUGAAAACUCAGAUGACCAAAAUAUGACAUGUGCUCAAUUUUGAGUUAAACCUCCACUCAAAUAUCCAGCAGUUGGGAUUUGUGUUAAACCGUUUUCCGUAGGCAAAUAAGUCUAUAAAUGUUUAGAUGCGCAUUUUAAAUGUGUCAAAGAAACUGAUUGUUUCACUUUCACGUUUUCAUCAUGAAAUGAAGGUGCACUUGAUAUGUAUCUAUGGAUGAUACAUUUGUGCUGAUUCUUUACUGUCUUAGCGCAGCAAGUCCUCAAAUGCAUGGUGCAUUCAAUUGUUAGUGGAAAGCUGGGAUAUUUGGCCUAUUGGUGGAUUAAUGUAUAAUUUCACAGGACAUCUUUAACAGCUUGACUAAAAUAUAUAUUUACCAGCUAUAGACUAUACAGUCAUACUA